UAACCCAAAAAUAAAUUAAAAUUUAGUGUAGGCUAAAUCAUUGUGCUAAAACUAAAAGCACUUGCGGGUAAAAUUAACACGAAGUGGUGUUAGCUCAGUGGUUAGAGCACUCACUACCUAAGAUCGAGGUCAUGGGUUUGAGUCACCAUGAGGGUAGAAAUGAAAUCCUUUGAUCCUCUUUUUUUCUUUUAAAAUAAUAAUAACAACAUAAACACAAACAAAUAGCAUUUGGAGAUGAAAGAUUCGGACUAAAGACCUGAUGCAAACAAAGAAGCUUUAAACAAUUUGGAAAAAGAAUAUGAUCCUCUGUCUUCAAAUGUGAUGGCAUAUGCAUUAUUCAUUCCAUAUUAUAAUCUGUAUCGAAAAAUAAUUCCAUAUUAUAAUAAGGGAGAAUUUUCACUUCCUGCCCAGUGUGGUCAAUCAAAACCAUUGGCAGAAGAGUCUGUUUCACCAUUCAUCAUACUGAGACUGAAGAAACGCGCAAAUUAGGUGUAGAAAAGUAAGAGGCACAUACUAGUUUUUUGAUCACUAAAAUUCAAUGUGAUUGGUUGUACCUAGGCUUUGUAUCCAUUCAUUUAUUCUAAGUUGGUGCCAUAUUCUUCAGUGCCACCCAGCUCUCUUCAAUUUAUUAGGAGCAUAUACACUUCCCUACUCAGUUCACUCACUUACACCUUUAUGGAUGAAUUUCCAAGUUCCAUGAAUAAUUUCAAGCUUUACCAGAACUCAAUGCCAACUUCAGGUCAGAAUAUCCUUGUUAUUGAAUCUGAUCAACACAAUCAUGAAUUUAGUGAUCCCAGUCUCUUUCCAUCCAAUCCAAACCCACAUUCUCAUGAUGAUUCAUCUUCAUCUUUGGGUUUGAGCUCAGAGGGGGAGUAUUAUUCUCCCUCUAUUGCUACUCUCCAAUACAUAAGUCAGAUGCUUAUGGAAGAAGACUUGGAGAACAAACCCUGCAUGCUUCAGGACUGUUUGGCCCUCCAAGCCACUGAGAAAUCCUUACAUGAUGUCCUAGUUCAGCAAUAUCCUUCUUCGACUAAUCACCUUCUCACUUCUUCCACGCAGCAAAAUGUUGAGAUAUCUGAUGAUUUCAUUAACCACAGAAGUAAUAGCUCCACUGCCGCUAGGAACUGGGAUGCUGGCUCAGGUUGGAUUUCUUUACAAGAUGUUCUAGAAUCAUUUCCUGUGGAAAAUACUGCCCUUUCGGUUCCAAAUCCUUUUUCCUCAAAUGGCAAGGGUGAAAUCAUAGAUCAAGAAAGGGACUCAUCAUUUCUCAUACAGCCAAGGGAGCUGACUGAGGAUGGGAAUGACUCAAUAAACAGAUCAAGGAGCAAGAAAGAUCGCCAGUGGGAGGAUAGUGAUUAUCAAGAACAAGGGAGGAGCAACAAGCAGACAGCACUUUACGCAGCUGAAUCUGAGCCACCAGAGAUGUUGGAUCAGGUACUGCUCUAUCAAUAUCAAAACUCAUGUUCUUCUCUUCAGGAAUCUGAUCAGCUUAAAAGGAGAAGUGGACUUAGAGGAUCCAAAGGCAAAAGAACAGGAAAGAAAAAAAUGGAUGACAACAGAGCAGUAGUGGAUUUUCAGACACUUCUAACUCAAUGUGCAAAAGCUGCUGCAAGCUAUGACACAAGGACUGCGAAUGAACAACUCAAGCUGAUAAGGCAGCACUCAUCUCCCCAUGGUGAUGGAACCCAACGAUUAGCUCAUUACUUUGCCAAUGGCCUCGAAGAACGCUUGAUCGCUGCGGUUCCCUUGUACAAUCCCGUUUCCCUUUUCAGUUAUAAGAUGUCAGCUGCUGAUCUCUUAAAAGCUUACCAGACUUAUAUCAAAGCAUGCCCUUUCAAGCUGAUGUCAAAUAUCUACGCUAACAAAACUAUUUUCAAGCUAGCAGAGAAAGUAACGAGGCUUCACAUAAUCGAUUUUGGUAUUCUCUAUGGCUACCAAUGGCCUUGCCUUAUCCAGAUGCUUGCGAAAAGACCCUCCGGACCUCCAAUGCUUCACAUUACUGGUAUUGAAUUUCCCCAAUCAGGAUUUCGACCAUCUGGGAGGCUUGAAGAGACGGGAAACCGCCUAGCGAAAUACUGCAAGAGAUUCGAUGUCCCAUUUGAGUACAACUUCAUAGCACAGAGUUGGGACACAAUUCAAUAUGAAGAUAUCAAACUUGACAGAGAUGAGUUGACUGUAGUGAACUGCUUGUACAGGUUAAAGAACUUACAUGAUGAAACAGUAAUCAACAGUCCAAGGGAUACAGUUUUGAAGCUUAUCAGGAGAAUCAACCCUGAUAUCUUCAUCCAUGGAGUGGUUAAUGGAGCCUACAAUGCACCCUUCUUCAACAUACGGUUCCGGGAGGCACUCUACUAUUUCUCUUCUUUGUUUGAUAUGUUUGAGGAGACUUUGCCCAGAGAAGAUCAACAGAGGCUGCUCUACGAACAAGAGAUAUUUGGUAGAGAUAUUAUCAAUGUGAUAGCAUGUGAGGGUUCCAGGAGGCUUGAAAAGCCUGAAACAUACAAGCAGUGGCAGAUAAGAAACACUAGAGCUGGAUUCAAGCAGUUACCAUUGAACCAGGAGAUCGUGAAGAAAGUUAAGAAUAUUGUAAGGUUAGAUUACCAUGAGGACUUUGUUGUUGACGAAGAUGGCAAGUGGCUCUUGCAGGGAUGGAAAGGCCGAAUAAUACAUGCUAUUUCUUGCUGGAAAUCAGCUUGAUUUUUAGCAAUUAUGUUUGCUUCAAUGUAACAAUAAUUAUCUAUUCCUUGUUAUUUGGUUUAUUUGUCGAUGUGAUCCAUUUCUUAUCUUCUAAGUUGAUGUGAUCUGUUUUCAGUUCUUAACUAGAUUUUCCUAGGUGAGAAUCAUGAGCCUUAUUCUUGAAUACAUUUCCUAGAUUUUACAAGACUAUAUUAAAAAAUAAGCUCAUCUGGGCGAGUCCUAGGAAACAAAUGUGCCCUAAGAGGAAAUCAAAAGGAUCGAAAACAGAGAGGUUCACAAGAAGAACAACAUGAGGGAAGUAGUGGAUUUGUUCAAUCAAUUUAUACAACCUAUAACCACCGAUCUGCUAGUGAGCUACUUAACCAAAUUAGCUCUUCCCCCAUGUUGAUACAACCCAGGGGUUAGCUUAUUAUUUUUCUGAUAGGUUAGAGAUUGGAGGCACACCUGGCUGGGACCAGAACCCCACCCUCUUAUAAGUGUGCAGACAUCAGCUGCA